AUACCGCGUUGUGACAAUGCAUCUGCGGUAGUCGUGAAACCGGUUUCUCCUACGGCUGUCCUCGUUAGGUCUUCUCUUGUUUCUUUAGGCUUCAAUCGCCUAAUCGAUUCGCUAUGAUCGGGACUCCUAAUCUUUACCCUGUAGUUGGAGUCGAGGAAACGGGGUCAUCCCAACCUCUGGAGUCGUCAGAAGCCAUCGGUCAUAUGAUCUCCCGUGUGAAUCAACCAGGGAUGGAGGAUUUUUCGUCUUCGUUGUCUGAGGUAUCUAAUCGAAUGGAGGGAAGCAACAACAAUUUCUCUUCGCUUAAGGCUGAAAAAUCUUGCACUUCAGAGUUGGUUCAAUCUCCUCACCACAGAAUUGACACUAUUGAAGAGACAGGCGAAUGGAAAUCGAACAAAUAUUUCUAUGAUAAUUCUCCACUUAUAAGAGGCAACAAUGAUAUAUCUGCUCCUCAGAGUGAAAAAUCUAGCACUUCAGAAUUGGUCCAAUCUUCUAAUCACAGAAUAGACACCAAUGAAGACACGGUAGAACAGAAGUCAGGCAAAUAUUUCUAUUAUGAUUCUCCACUUUAUGAAGAUACUGGAUUUUGGAUACCUGUGUCUGUCCCUCCCAUGCUAGAAAGUGACCCUGAUGAAUGGAGUUGUGGAUUUGGUGCUAAUGGUGGGUACUUUCCUGAGGAAGAAUUCAAUUGGGACCAAUUUUUAGGAGAAGAUAAGGAGAUGACCAUGUGGGAUGUGGUUUCUGAGAUGUUUCUUGUGGCACGAGGCAAAGUAAGUGCCCUAAGUUCAGGUAAUCUACUAAGCCAUAGAAUGUCUUGGAUAUCAACAGAUAUCUUAGAAGAAACUUGGAAAGAGAUGGCCAACACUCUGGCGGAGGCUAACUUUGGGAACAGUAUGGAGAUUCUGGAAACAGAGCCACCAAAGUGGUUAUCUGACAGUGCUGCUGCAGCUUGCAUGCUCUGCAACAUAAGAUUUCACCCAAUUAUGUGCUCAAGGCAUCAUUGCCGAUUUUGUGGUGGCAUAUUUUGCAAUGAUUGCUCGAAAGGAAGAAGCUUGCUACCUCGAAAGUUCAGAGAUGCAAACCCACAACGAGUGUGUGAUGUUUGUUGUGUGCGAUUGGAGUCUGUGCAACCUUAUUUAAUGAAUCAAAUCAGCCACGCCUCCCAGCUUCCAACCCAUGACAUGACUGACCUCAGUACCUUGCGAUCAUGGUUGAAUUUUCCAUGGGGUCGGACUAUGGAGUAUGAGAUUUACAAAGGAGCAAAUAUAAUUCACUCUUAUUGUAAGGUUGGUUUGCUGAAACCUGAGAAGUUAAUCCCAGAUGUUAUUUUGAAGCAAGCAAAAGGCCUUGCAAUCCUAACUGUUGUCAAUGUUGGUAUAAUGGUUACUUACAAAGUUGGGACUGGGCUUGUGCUCUCUCGAAGAGAAGAUGGCACUUGGUCUCCACCCUCGGCCAUUUCUUCAUUUGGUAUUGGAUGGGGGGCCCAGGCUGGAGGCGAGCUCACUGACUACAUAAUUGUAUUGAGGAAUGAAGCUGCCAUCAAAACCUUUAGCAGCAAUGGGCAUUUGUCCAUUGGUGCAGGAUUGAGUGCAGCUGCUGGAAUUUUUGGACGGGCUGCAGAGGCUGACAUACGUGCAGGUGAUGGCGGUAUCGCUGCUUGUUAUACAUACAGCUGCAGUAAAGGUGCAUUUGUUGGUUGUGCACUCAAUGGGAGCAUGGUCACUACUCGUGUAUCCGAAAACUCACGUUUCUACGGCGCACCUAUCAAAGCAUCCAAGAUACUUCUUGGGUCGAUGCCAAGGCCCCCAGCUGCAGCUAUUCUCUACCGUGCCCUUUCUGAGCUAUUCAUUAAGCUGGAAAGUUAGCCCAAUCGAGAUUUGGAGAAAUCAUGUUUCCAGAUAGAGUUUCUUCCGGGAACCUCCUCACUUAAUACUGCCUCUGCUUGUUCAACCUCCCUCCAAGUCCUUAUUCUUUAGUUGUGUGCAUAAAAUGGCGUUUGAAAAUGUACAGAUUAACCAUCAUUUCUGAAAAUGCAUGAAGCAAUUGUAAAUACCUAAGUAGUGUUGCACUUCUUUUUUAUAUUGCUGUAUAUAUAUAUCAGAAUUUAUACGGCCUAAAGUGUCUAUAUUUCUUUAACCGUGUAAUGUAAUGUUUGAUAUUUAUUGGUCUUCAAUUUUAGUUUUAUAGGAUUUGCUCA